AUGUCCUUCUAUUUGCUAGCACCUUGUAUCACCAAAUCGCCAGAAGUCGACAAUGUCUUGGUACACGAAGCAGCUUUCAGUCUGUCAGUAAUAGUAUCAGCUGCAUGUGGCCUCCCAGCAACAAUUAUCACCAGUCUGAUCAUUGAAUCGCCUAGGCAGCCCAAAUGUGGUAGCCAGACCAAGGUAAAGUUGGAGGAUUUGGAGGAAAACCUAGUGUUGAAUAGAACAUCUCGACAACAACUAGACACAAGAUUGUUGUCCCAAAAGAAUUUCAUUUCCAAAACGAUUCCCAUUGAAGGCGAAAUCAGUUCUUUGAUGCCUUGUCAAGUUUACCUGUUUGUCGUCAAAUUGGCGAACAAAGGGGGCGCAACCGAUUGGAGUGACAUGCUCUGCUUCGAGACCAAGUAUCCAGGUGAAAAUUAUCACUAA